AAAACCCAAAAGGUUUUAGGGUCGGUUACAUUUAACAACUUACCUCUCAACCUCCACCCCCAAUUAUUGAACAAUGGGCUCCUCAAAAUAAAUAGAUGCAAUUAACCCCUUAUUCCUUUGUAAAGUCACUUUGCUUUCUCAGCUUGUUUCUUUCUUUUGUUGAGUAGAACUAAUUAAUUCUAACUUCAGCUAAGCCUGUUCGAUCGUUGUUAACGGCUUUAUACUUCUACUUAUUAUUUCUGUCUAUUCAAUCCAAUGAUUACUGACAAGAAAGCAGCGAAUGUCAUGGGAGGCAAGACGGCUAGAGCCUGUGAUGGUUGUUUGCAGAAGCGUGCACGUUGGUAUUGUGCGGAUGAUGAUGCCUUUCUUUGCCAAGGUUGUGACACAUCAGUCCACUCUGCUAAUCAGUUAGCCAGCAGACAUGAAAGGGUUAGUCUUCAAACUGCAUCCUCUAAUUUCAAUGCUUCGAUGCACAGUACUAUUGAUCAAGAUGCUCCACCGGCAUGGCACCAAGGUUUCACUCGAAAGGCAAGAACAGCAAGGCAAAACAAGCCCAUGUUGGGGCAACAAAAAGGUGAGGGGACCGUAUUGGCUUUGAAUCCUAUUGAUCCUUUUGUUCCUGAGGUUGGUAGUGAAGAAGGGUCAGUUGAUGAAAACGAAGAGCAGCUGCUUUGCAGAGUCCCAGUAUUCGACCCUUUUUCUGAAGAAUUAUGUAAUAUGGUAACAAGUGAUUGUGAUGAAGUUGCCACGCCAAAUGAAGAUGGGAAUUUAGUUGUUGAUGGUUAUGAACAUGAAAGAACAUAUGAGUUGGAUGAUAGUUUGCAUGGCUUUUUACCGUCAGAUUUGGAUCUUGCCAAUUUUGCAGCCGACGUUGAGAGCUUGCUAGGAGUUAGACUUGAUGAAGAUUCUUGUGAUAUCAAAAAAAUUGAAUCGUUAGACUGCACAGAUGAAAAUGGAAGCGAGCUAUUUCAUGAACGCAAAAUAAUGAAAGUUGAAGAGGAAGAAGAAGUGGAAGGUAUAACAGCUUGUUUCUGUGAAUCUGCUUUUGAGGUGACAAGAGCAUCCUUAAACUGGACUUUUGAUUAUGACUCACUCAUUAUUACUGAGGAGGAAGAGAAGGAGAUUCCAGUGGCGAAGACGAAGAGGAACAAGUUGCUGAGGCUGAACUAUGAGUCAGUGAUCACUGCUUGGGCCAGCCAAGGCUCUCGGACAACAGGAACCCGACCAGAACUCAACCCGGAUGACUUCAUGGGUUCAUAUCCUAAAGAUGAGCAUCACCAGAAUGGAGGCAUAGGAGGAAUAAACAGGCCGGUAAGAGCAAACAACACAGAUGGAGAAAGGGAAGCAAGGGUAUCAAGGUACAGAGAGAAGCGAAGGACAAGACUGUUUUCGAAGAAGAUAAGGUAUGAAGUGAGGAAGUUAAAUGCGGAGAAAAGGCCUAGAAUGAAAGGCAGGUUCGUUAAGAGGACCUCCUUUGUGGGACUGGGGACUGCUUUUCCUUAUACCAACUAAUUAGUAACUGCCAAAUCUUACUGUUGUUUCUUUGCAAAGAACUGGCAGGAGGAGUUGCUUAGCCAAUACACACAUAACAUUGGCUAAACCCUUAAAUUAAUAAAUAUCCUUAGGUAGUUCUAGUUGGAACUAUACUACUAUUGUCUUCCUAACCUACGGUUGAAGCUCAAGCUACGACGCUAAUUAAUCGAAUAUGAAGUUUGUGGCCUUUUUCCAUCUCUUUGGAUAAACGAAGGGUUUUGUUUCACUUCUCCAGAUUACCAGGGGCACUUGUUUAUAUUAAUUUCACAGAUCACAGAUCAAUCUUGUAGGUGUAGUAGUUUAAUAUUGACUUGUGGUAUCCACACCUUUCCAUUUUCUGUAAAAUAUUUUACAGUUCUACUAUAUAAGAUUGAAUAUAUUGUUAUUUCA